AUGGACAAAAACACAAAGCUACUAUUUUUACUCAUCCUUUGUAUAAUUAUUCCUAUAUGUUUUACGGAUUUAACUGGUGUACAUUAUUUACAUACAAUCAAUUGUUCAUCAUCAUCGUUAUAUAUUCCACAAGGACCUUAUUUAUUUAGUCAUCAUUGGCCUUUUAUAUCGAUUAGUAUUCAUUAUCAAAAACAACAAACUAAAGGUGUAUGUUAUCGAGAUGGUUCUCUUCGUUUUAUUCUCAAUAAUAGAUUAUGUGCUGGAAUCUAUUAUGGUGGACAAGCGGAACUUUUAUGUCUAUCUGAAAAUAAUGAAUAUUGUUUGAUUAAUAUGACAACAAGUGAUGGUAGUCGAUUAACAUGUGUUGGAUCGAAAAUAAAAUCAAUGACAAUUGUAUUAAUUGUAUGUUUUCUUUUUACCCUUUUCAAUUAUAAAAAUCAAUUAUUCAAUUAA